AACCCUCAAAAGAAAAUUCGCAGCCAAUUAGCCGAAACAUCUAGACACUAACUAGACGCCAUUACUGUAAGAAUAUAAGGUCACUGAGUCAAAUUCCUCUUUCCUUCUCUUAAUAAUAAAAAAAUUAAAAGUAAAAAUCGGAGCUUUGCGAUUCCUUAAACCCCUAUACUCUCUAUCUAGAGGUUUAGACGACAUUGGACUGAGCAAAAAAAAGCAGCAGCGAGAAAGAGAGAAUGGAGGGCUGGAAGCACAAAGGGAAGCACGACAAGCCGAAGCCAUGGGACGAAGACCCUAACAUCGAUCGCUGGAAAAUCGAGAAGUUCGAUCCCUCUUGGAACGAAGGAGGCAUGCUUGAAGUCACUUCCUUCUCUACCCUUUUCCCUUCAUAUAGAGAGAAAUAUUUGCAAGAAGCUUGGCCAAUUGUCAAAUCUGCAUUGAAGGAGUAUGGCAUUUCGUGCGAAUUAGAUUUGGUUGUUGGUUCGAUGACGGUGUCAACUACUAGAAAGACUAGGGACCCCUAUAUUAUUGUCAAAGCUAGAGAUCUCAUCAAGCUUUUGGCAAGAAGUGUUCCUGCUCUUCAGGCAAUAAAAGUACUGAAUGAUGACAUGCAAUGUGACAUCAUCAAGAUUGGAAACUUAGUCAGAAACCAGGAACGAUUCGUUAAACGAAGGCAACGUCUAAUAGGUGCUAAUGCUGAAACGUUGAAGGCACUUGAAAUAGUGACUGGCUGCUAUAUUCUGGUUCAAGGAAACACUGUUGCUGCCAUGGGUUCAUUUAAAGGUUUAAAGCAAGUCAGGAAGAUUGUGGAAGACUGCAUUCUGAAUAUAAUGCACCCUGUAUUACAUAUCAAGAUUCUCAUGUUGAAGAAAGAACUCGCAAAUAAUCCAUCUUUGAAAGAUGAGAAUUGGGAAAGGUUUCUGCCAAAAUUCAAGAAGAAAAAUGUUCAGCGACGGAAAUUUAGUAAAGAGAAGAAACCAUAUACACCAUUUCCUCCUCCUCAACCACCUAGUAAGGUUGACAUUGAACUGGAAACUGGAGAAUACUUCUUGAGUGAAAAAAUAAAAUCAGCAAAGAAGUGGCAGGAAAAGCAGGAGAAACAGGCUGAAAAAACUGCUGAAAGCAAAAGAAAAAGAGAAGCUGUAUUUAUUCCACCCAAGGAGCCUGUAAAGCAGGAUAACAAUGUUGAUAAUGACAACGAUGAUGUGACGGCCAUGGCUCUGUCCGUAAAGGAAAAGGCCAAGAAGUUUGGGAAGCAAAAGCUGAUUGAGAACAUCAAUGCAGAAGAAUAUCUAGCACAAUCUGGACAGAAACCUCCAAAAAAGAAAUCUAAGCACUCGAAGUCUUAAUAUGGAUUGGUUAAUGUAGGUUUUUUCAAUGAGAAAUUUUGAUAAGACAUUGGGGGAAUUAGGUUCCUUUUUUUUUGGGUGGGGGAAUGGAGAGGCAAUCCACAAUCACAAGGCAAGAUUACUUUCAAAUUGAUCAUUAAAUACCAAAUUUUCAUAUCUGUAACGUGAAAGCUGUACAAUUUUUUUUAUUUUUAUUUUUAAUUUUUAGCCCUUUUGGAUUGAGAGACAAUCCACAACCACAAGGAUGUUCCCCAAGGGUAAACUACUUCCAAAUUGAUUAUUUAAUACCAGAUUUUCGGCAUCAAAGUGGGAUUAAUGAUCCCAAAAAAGAACAAAAA